UUCGCUAUAUUACUUGUCAUUCAACAGCAGAAGGAAGCUGAGAGGAGAAUUCCGUGGAUGCGGAAAACAACAAGGGCAAAAGGGUUGGUAGAAUCUCGCCCGUGUGCGCAGCGCGGAAGGAUGCUGAUCGAAAAAGCAUUGCUAUCUGUCAUUACUAUGGUAAUUUUAAAAUUGCAAUUGGCACACCUUCCUAGUGUGCAUUACUUCGAUUUAAAGCCUUAUUCCAUUUGUUUGAUUAGUAAGAUGUAAACCAUCUYUAGAUAAAGCCAAUUAUCAACUUCUCCAUCUUGCAGAAGGACCUUUGCAGGUUGCUUUUGAAUUAUACUAAUAUUGCAACCAAUGCAACAGAUUUUUCAGCUGCAGUUAAUUAUAAACAACCUAUUGACUAUCGUCUUAUGGGAGAGGAGCAUYAUAUUUCUCAUCAUCCUUGAUCAUCAUCAGUAAGGCAGGCACCAUGCUGACCAGCAUUACAGAUGGGAUCCUGUGCUGUCUGACUGGGAAGGCUGCCAGCCUGGUGAUGCCCGUCGACUCUUCUGAGCCAGCUGACACCUUCGAGUUUGUAGAAGUGAAGCCUGGKAGAGUCCUCAGGGUUCGCCACAUCAUGCCCGAGCGCCGGGCGCCAGUAGUGACGGAGGAGAACCAAGUAAAGGAGCCAGAGCAGGAGAAGGGCAGCGGAAACAGCAACAACAGUAGCAGUGUGCACUGCAAGCGCAAGAUCACUGUCUACCGCAACGGCCAGCUAGUCAUUGAGAACCUGGGUGACGUGCUGCACUCGGAGAUUGUCCAGUGCCAGGAUGGAGACCUGGAGCCCUGCAGCACCGUGGAGGUGGAACUGGCCGACUAUAAGGAAGUGCCCACAUCUCCUGAACCCAAACCAGCGCCUCCCCUGUCCAUGGUCGGGGAGCAGAAACCCGCACCCCCGCCUCGCCGGCGUCGCCGAAAGCCCAAGCGCAUGGUGAUGAUUGACUCGGAGAGGGAGAUCUCCAGCUGCAAGGGGACGCACUCGGACGUGGCGCUCUUUUUCGUGCACGGGGUCGGCGGCUCGCUGGACAUCUGGGGCAGCCAGCUGGACUUCUUCUCGCGGCUAGGGUAUGAGGUCAUCGCACCUGACCUGGCGGGCCACGGGGCCAGCACGGCCCCCCACAUUGCGGCGGCCUACACCUUCUACGCCCUGGCCGAAGACAUGCGUGCCAUCUUCAAGAAAUACGCCCGUAAACGCAACAUCCUCAUUGGGCACUCCUAUGGGGUAUCGUUCUGUACCUUCCUGGCCCAUGAGUAUCCAGACCAGGUUCACAAGGUAGUGAUGAUCAAUGGAGGGGGGCCCACAGCUCUGGAGCCCAGCCUCUGUUCCAUCUUCCAGCUGCCUUCCUGUGUGCUGCACUGCCUGUCCCCCUGCCUGGCCUGGAGCUUUCUCAAGGCUGGGUUUGCCCAUCAGGGAGCCAAAGAGAAGCAGCUGCUGAAGCAGGGCAAUGCCUUCAACGUGAAUCCAUUUGUGCUGCGUGCCAUGAUGAGCGGGCAGUACUGGCCCGAGGGGGAUGAGGUGUACCACGCUGAGCUAACCGUGCCCAUCCUGUUGGUGCACGGCAUGUACGACAAGUUUGUGCCCAUUGAUGAGGACCAACGCAUGGCCGAGAUCCUUCUGUUUGCUUUUCUGAAAGUCAUCGAGGAGGGCAGUCACAUGGUGAUGAUGGAGUGCCCUGACACAGUCAACACCCUCCUGCACGAGUUUUUCCUAUGGGAGCCUGACAUGUCCAAAAAGAACGCCGCCAAGACUGAUCCUGAUAAGACUGUUAUAGUCAAUGGUGUUGUCGCCCAGACACCAAAACCAAACAAGCCCAUGGACAAAUAACCAAUAAUGAGUCUCAUUUUACAUGAGCAAACCCAAUCCGAGGGCCUGUCUUUGGCAGGUGGCACAUGGUCUUAAGGCUGCUCGCAGGCUGAGAGCUGUUAUUAACRGGGCCAGAGUUUGUUGUGGAAGUGGAGGGGAGGCACCUGGUGCUCCAAGCUAGAAUUGGCAUUUGAACAGGACUGUGGCAAGAAGGAUGAAGAAAAGGAUGGAAAGAAGAGGAAUCUGACAGAGAUGCGUGUUUCUCUUUCCCCUUUGACAGCUGUCUGUGCUUCAUCAUUUGGUGUAUGUAAUCAGACAGACCUCGGGUCCAGAGGAUGUUAUUAAAACACAAUAUCCAUUUGUAAUUCUCUCCAGUACCAAACUUGGUUGGUGAGUGGACCAUUGUGAACAAAAGCGAGGAAGGCAUGACCAUUAAAUGGUGUGUGGAUCGCCUUGCUACCUAUCAUCCAUUAUCUUGUGAGUAAUAUAUCACUGCUGAUUGGUGUCAUGACGAAAUGAUGAUCUUAUAAAACUGGGUCCAUAUUAUGGAUUCACUUCAAAGGGGAAAAUAAUUCACUUCGAAAACUGUGAAACUAUCCAGACAAUACGGCAGGUGAGGGUUGGGCCAUUAACCGAAAGGUUGCUAGAUCAAAUCCACGAGCUGACAAGGUAAAAAUCUGUCGUUCUGCCCCUGAA